UGCAUGACCAUCCUUUCACUGCCAGCACCACUUCCAAACAGGCAGGAAUUGAGUUUUCAUUCUUCUGCAGCCGCAGCUGCUCAGCCAAACACAUGACUUUGGGCACAAGGGAGAAGAUAUGGCUGUUUGUUGCUGUGACAUAUUUGUUUCAGGGAGUUGCUUAUUCAGAAGAACUGAGAAGAAUGAAGAGAGUUGUGGAACCUGAAGCCUUUAUGAGUAUUAACGAGCUCAUUACUUACAAAGGGUACCCCAGUGAGGAGUAUGAAGUGGUGACAGAAGAUGGUUAUACCAUUACCAUUAACAGAAUCCCUUAUGGUACUCAGAAUCAAGGAAGCCCAGCUUCAAGGCCUGUUGUGUUUCUCCAGCAUGGGUUAUUGGGAGAUGCUCGUAACUGGGUCACAAACUUGCCCAACAACAGCUUGGGCUUCCUGCUAGCUGAUGCUGGAUUUGAUGUUUGGAUGGGAAAUAGCAGAGGGAAUCGCUGGUCAAGAAAACAUGAGAAGUAUUCCAUUGAUCAAGAUGAAUUCUGGGCUUUCAGUUUUGAUGAGAUGGCAAAGUUUGAUCUUCCAGCAGCAAUAAAUUUCAUUUUGGAGAAAACGGGACAGGAAAAGUUGUACUAUAUUGGCUAUUCUCAAGGUACUACCAUUGCUUUCAUUGCAUUUUCAACAAUGCCAGAGCUGGCUCAAAAAAUCAAACUCUUCUUUGCAUUGGCACCUGUCACUGCUAUUAAGUACGCUAAAGGCCCAGCAACAAAACUCCUCUACCUUCCUGAGAAAAUGCUCAGGGGUAUGCUGGGCAACAGAGAAUUCCUUCCCCAGACUGAGUGUCUAACAAAGAUAAUAGCCCCUGUCUGCAGCUACCAAGCUUUUGCCAGGCUUUGUAGAAGUGUCUUCUUCAAUCUGGGUGGCUGUAACCUGAAAAACAUUGAUGUGAACCGAAUCAACGUGUAUAUUGCCCAAACCACUGCUGGAACUUCUGUGCAGAACAUAAUCCACUGGAGUCAGGAGGCCCGCUCAGGGAAGUUCCAAGCUUAUGACUGGGGCAGUUCAAAGAAGAACAUGGAAAAAUACCAACAGACUAUUCCUCCUCUCUACAACAUAGAAGAGAUGACUGUACCAACUGCGGUAUGGACUGGGGGACGAGACCUGCUGGCAGAUCCCAAGGAUGCAGCCAUUUUACUGUCCAAAAUCAAGAAGCUUAGCUAUCACAAGAAGAUUCCUGAAUGGGCACACCUGGAUUUCAUCUGGGGACUGGAUGCACCUUUACAUGUGUACAAUGAAAUUAUUGACCUGAUGCAGAAGUAUCCUUAACCCACAGCCAGGAGCCUUACCUGACUUGUUCAACAGCACUUAGAUUCACUAGGUACAGAAACCUCCUUCUGUUGCAUCUGGAGUCAGGGAAAGGGUUCCUCCUGCACACUGCAUGUCACUCCAAUGCCUUUUGCAUCCUGAUAGUGCACUUAAUUUCAUGUUUUCUUGCAACCUUAUGGAUCUGUAAUAUUUUUCAAUUGAUACAUCUUCAAUUCUGCAAUAACUAUAAUAACAGAAGACAGGGUUUGCUUCCAGCCUAGUCUCUUCUCUAGAUUGUAACAGUGAUGAAAGCACUUCCUUUCUCUGGAUACAUUCUGUGAUUUCUAGAUGUUUUCCAUUCUUCAGAUUAUUGCUCAGUUUAUUGGGCUGGCCGUUGUUUAAAGGCAUAGUGUAAUCAAAAUCUUAUUCUAACAGUGAUAUUGUAUAAUUUUAUUAUUAAACAAAAAAGUGAGUUGAUAAAAAAAAAAUCACCUCACUCCUGAAA